AUGGCGGCAAGUCCAGGGGCAGAAGAAGAUUCUGUUUAUGACACGGGAAGAUUGUCUUUAUUUGAUAUUAUUCUGGAAAAAACCCGUGCUCAAAACAAGGUAAUGAAAACCUCUUCCCAUUUUUGCAUUUUAAUUUCUUUUUGUCGAAAAAUUACCAUGAAUUAUCCCUCUAAAGCUCAUUUGAUAUACAGGUGUUUACAAGUUGAAACUGUCAAUAUGAAGGUUGAGCGAUGCUUUGUGAGCUUAUAUCUUCAUUUGAUUGCAGAAACAACUUGUCCAUCGGCUAGUUUAUGUAUCCAAAAUUCGUCAGGAUGUAAAUGAUCGGAAAGAAAUUGGAGGUAGGCUGCUUCUUACCUUGUAAUGUUAUUGUUUAAAUUUAUAAAGGGCACAGUAAAGAAAUAAACAAACAGGGCAAAUAAUUAUUGCCCCAUUUGUUACAUGUUUACCUUGCGCCUAAUCAUUUUAAGACAUAAUCAACUCUAUCUUCCAUCCAUGGACCUUUCCUUAAACACAGUAGGUGUUAUACCAAAGUGUUUAUGUUUUUAUUAUUUAGACAAGAGUUUUUUUUAGUUUAAAACAGACCACUCAUAAAGUUCAUACGAAACCAAAUCCGAGACUUAAGUAGCGUAUUUUCCAUAUCUACGUAUCUGAAGCUGACAUAAAAUUAAUCUUUCUCUGAGGAGCAGGAGAAUGUUAAUACGAAGACGAAAUCUUUGUUUGACUUUAAAUUAUUCAAGGAUUUCCUUACAAAUGAAGACAAAAGGAAAAAACUUCAAGAAAUUCCUGCCACCAGACUACAGCAGUUCACAAUAAAGUUUGUGCUGUUUUUAUAACAAAAAGAAAAUUAUGCAUAAUAACAAUAUUUUACUCACUCGCUGCGCUCGUUCGUAUAAUAUUGUUCUCACCACUCAAAAAUAAAAUUCAUAUCUUCACACAGCUUUGUAAUAUCCUCUACAUAUAUAAAUAGUUCAACAAGUUUUGUAAUGAAGUAAGCAGGGCACUGAAAAGGGUAACCUGUAAACAACAUGUGACUGCCAUGCAAAUAUGUUGUAUGGUGUGUAAAUUGUCCAAUCACAGUCUAUCCAGAUAUAAUUUAGUCAAAGUUAUGUUUCCUUAUGUGGUCACCCUCAGAAAGCAGACAAGGUGAUCUGGAACUGAAGUUGGUUGCUUACACCACUGUAUUUCUUGUAUUGGGGAGAGUUCGAUGCGGUUUUGUCAACGCUGCCUUAGUAGCACUGCCCCCUUGCAGAAGUGUCUAUUAAGAGAGUUUUUUUUUGUAAAAUGCUGCAUCAAUUUCAUCUUAACUGGUGUGACAUCCACAUAAUGAUAAAAAAUCCUUCUAAGCUGAAAAUUGACGUACCGUAAAUAUCAUAGUCCAUAAUCUUCUUGACCCCUAGAAGCAAAUGCUGUUAUCAAGCAGGCUCUCUUGACCUAUAAAGGGAAAGGGGGUGUUGCUGAGAACCGUAGAUGUUUCUGAAUUGUUGGUGUGUGGUAAACUCUUGAGGAUUUUUAAUAUUAUUUCAGCUCACUAUGAAAGGUUAUUCAAGGACUUACAAACACAAAUCCAUGGUGAAGCUGUCACAGGACUGCUUCUUAUUUACCCAGUUCACAUAAUUCAUGUCAUAGAGGUAAGAGAAAAUAUCUUUUGCAAAAUUGUGUGUUCCAUGCAUACAGUACUUUGAUUUACUCAUUUAUGUCAGUCAUGUAUACAUUUUAUUCACACUCUUUAACAUUGCUCAUGCAUUAUAUUCCUGACAUUCAAUAACCUGUAUUCACUUUCCUCUUUUAAAUCUUCAAAAUAAUAAGUAAUUUGAAAACUUUUCUUUAAAGCAUGAAACUGACAGCUCAAAUUGAACCGUGAAAUAUUUCAGGGAAAUAUUUUAUUGUAUGAGCUGUGUGACAGGUCCACAUUUUAAAUUUAUAAGGAAUACAUGGCAGCAUUGAGGAAUAUAUUUCUGACCAUUGUGUAUUCUUGUUCUUUUACGUGUGAAAGGCAACUUUAUACUUUUUUGGUUCCCCUAGCAUCGGACAUUAAGCUUAUUAUAUACUCAAACUGAUGUUUUUGACUAUACUACUGAAUAUUCAAUCCAGUUUUGUUUUGUUUUGUUGUUUUUUUGUAAAUUUCCAGAAAUAAGCAAGCCAAGGGGGGCAAUGUGUACAAUGCUAAUACUGUAACAAUAUAACGAUACUAUAACAGUUUAUGAUCAGUUUCGGCAAAGUUUUCACAUUGUUACCAAAAAUUUAUAACACCAAAGCAUUAUCUGAUUGUUAUUUAUUGUUCUGUAGACAUCUUAUAACAUGCUUCUCAAAGUUGUAAAGGACUUGGUAGAAGAUGAACAAAGUAUAAGGUAAAAACAACUGUAAUUGUUGCAACCUAGUAACACAAAGACAGGAAUCAUACCUCUAGGGCGUGGUUGUCUUACACGCCCCUGUAAUGUUGACUCCCAUCCUUUUUGUUCCCACUGACCAUUCUUUAUCAUGGGGUGACAACCUCAUCAGCACCUUAAGUACAUUUGGUUUUUUGCCCCUAAUUAAGCUUGCUGUAAUAAUAAACAAAUUAUUUGUUUAUAUAAUUUUGAGGUUAAUGAACAUCUUAAAAUAUAUUCAGUUUUGUUUCACUGAGAAAAAAAAUUUCUAAGUAUGCUCCACCUUAAAAGGUUAUUCUUUUUUAAGAGGUAUUUGUUUACAAUAAAAUGCAAAAAUUCCUAUAAAAAGGCCUAAUGAUCACAAAUAUUUUUUGGCAGUGGUAUGCUACUAAACACAAAAAUUCUUGUGUGCACUGGUGAUGUAUCCUUUUUAAUGCUGUUUGUACUACCAAGUACCCUGCGGCAGAGUCUCCUUCUUCCUUCCCCUUCCCAACUUAUCUAGGAAGAUCGAAGGAGACUCUGCUCCCAGGGUAACUACCAAGAAGACCAUAGAGUUUAAUACUGUAACCCAUUUGCCCUUGGAUAUUUUACCAAAAAUUGCCUUUUGAUGCCAGUUUAGCUGUUUUCUGGUCACUGUCUGGCUACAAUGAGCAAAAACUGGCAUCUAUAAGUCAAACACUUCAGGGACUUCUGUUCCACAUCAAUGCAAAAUAUUAGCUAUUCUGAAGUUCCAGCAUGCACAGAAGCAAAAUUUCAACAUAGCAUUUGGCUUUAAAAGUGACACAGCAGACUUGACUUAUAAAUGGGUCUCGAUUUAAAGUCUGAGUAUCCUAAUUUAUAAGUGGUCAGAUUCAUUACAUAUUUAGGUGGGAUAUUGUAACAACUGAAUUUCACUUACCAAUGACAUGAAGACAAACAUCAUAAUUUUUGUAAAACAAUGUACUCCAAAAUACCUUAACUAUAGCAAGCUCAAUAAUCGUUUAUUUGGCCAGUGGAGUUUUAGAACUCUUAAUCUUGCUGCCCCAAGAAUACAAGAGUUUACAACAAACGAACCUAUAGAUGUUGUGGUAAGUCUUUUUCUAAGUACAGUGGCAUUUGGUACUCACGAACAGUUGCUUAGUUACACUCUAUUGAGUAGGCAUACUAUGUUGUAAAUAAUACAGUGCAACUGAUUGUUCAGACACCUUCCUUUUACAGACACUGUCCAAACAUAAACACCUCCCUAUUAUAGACAGUUCUCUUGCUCCCAAUAAUACUAAACUUCAUACAAUUGCUACCCCUCUAAUAUUUAGACACCUCAGUUAUGCAGACACUUGGCUCUUUCCCUUUUGUGUAGAUGUACGAGGGCGUUUUUCAAGUUUUAAUUGUCUAAAUGCUAUAUAGCCGUCCAUGAGUUGCAGGCAAUGAAUGAAGUAGUCUGUUUUAUGCUUAAUUCAUGGACAUGCAAAAGAAUUUAUCUAAAAAUUAAGAGAAUUAAUCCUCUUCGGGAAGCAAGUUAAGUCCACCCCUCAUAUACUACUAAAUAAAUGUUCUAGACUUCUCUAACGAUCGUUUUAGUUUUAGACCUUUUCCAUACAAUUUGACUUCAGAAGGGUUUACACCUUAAUCCUCAGUCAUAACAUCUGACUCAAUCGUCUUUAAUUUGCUUGAGAUGUAAGUCAGAACCAGCUUAAUACGUGUAUAUUGCAUGUGUUUUUUUUUUCCAAACAGUUUUGUGUUUGAUGUCUUGACCACAAGUGAUAUGACAAGUGUGGCUACAAUGGUGUUUCACUUUGCUCACCAGAAAGCUACCCAACCUUAUUCCAGCAUUAUUUAUAUUAUCUAGUAAACUAUACUUUACACUGCAGUGGCAGAUCCAGGGGAGGGGCCUUGGGGCUCGGGCUCCCCCCUUAUUUUUAGACCAAACUGAGGCCGAAGGGCCGAAAAAAUAUUUUUGGGAGACCUGCCCCCCACUUUUCUAAGGGUCUGGAUGACCCCCACCCCCCUACCCCCCAUUAUCUCAAGGUCUGGAGCCAGCACUGCACUGCCCAUGCUGAUUAUGUCAUUUAUCUGCAAUCUACUACCUGUAACUUCAAGUAAUAUUUCAUGAGAAAAACUUAUUGUUUAGAGUCUCUGUAAUCGUGUUGUUUGUCAAGAAUGUUUCCAAUUUGUUCCAGGCUACAGAAGCCCUUUCACUUGUCAUUAAGUUAGCAGAAUAUUUGGCAAAGCUUCCAAAGGUUAGUGUUGACCUGACAAUAAGACAGACAGUUCAUAACAAAUUACACAGAACUGAAUAAUUUUCUUGUUUUUUAUUAGAUAAAACCUGAUAUGAUACUGAAGCAAAGGUCAAAUAUCAGGCUAUACCCUGCAUCCAAUUUGACAACUUACAUUCAAAAAAUUUAUGGACUUGUUUUUUCUUACAGAUCAGUUUGACAAACACCAUGGAUCAAUUACCAGAAAAAGUACCUGAUCUUUUAGUAAGACAAGGUAUUGUAAUUUUAGUUAAACGCUUAAAAUGGGGUAAUAUGCAGCAUUAUAAGGAUGGAAUAGCUCACAGUUCAUCCAAUUUUUUUCCAUAGAGACCAGAGUUUACAAUGCAUUGCUAUUUCCAAUUCUAGCAAUUGGUUCUUUCUGAUUGUUUGAUUGGUUAAGCAUGAUUUCCCGAAUAUACACCAAAAAGGUCUGCAGCCUUGCAAAUAUUACAAUCUUAGUAUUAUUAUAAUGGGGUUGAUUCUCCCCCCCCCUGCCCCCUCCUCCUACCUGCUCCACAACCUGCCUCACUUUUUAGUCUUAGAUUUCUCUCUUUUUAUUAAUCACAUUUUUUAACAUUAGAAACCGUUAAUCCGUCUAUGGAUUGAGGUUGUGCUCUUGCCGCAAUUGUCGGUAACCUCUUUGGAAUUUCUGAUCCACCCCAUUUUGGUGGUUGGUACAAGCAGCAAAGUUUCUUGCAAUAGUGGUAGGAAAACCUAUUUCAUUAUAAUUUGCUCCUUAAAGCACUGAAAACACAGCAAAGACACCAUACCAGCAGUUGUUAAAGCCAUCCACUUUUUAGAGGCAGCUAGACUUGCUACAAGUCGACCUCUUGGCGAGCGGAGCGUGCCUUUUUUGUCCGCGAAGCGGCCGACCGCGAGCGACGAAGUCAUAUGAAAUCCGACGAAGGACUUUUUUGAAAGUCUAAGAGGCAGCCUGCUCUAGCCAAUUUGGGAAAUCUUUAAUACAUUUAAGAAAAAGUAACGGGCCUAAGAUGGAACCUUGAGGGACUCCACAAGCGAUUUGUUUCCUUGUCGAAAAUGGCAGUUGACCAUGCUCUUCUGGCUUCGAUUGCCUAAAUACGACUCAAACUACUUUAAAGAGUGGUUUAUCGUUUGAGUCCACCAUGUCGUACAUGUAACGAACACUUUUUCUGUACUUUAACUCCGCACAGAUUUAAUCGAAUACGUUUUGAACUCUCAAGACCUUAACACACCGUCAGGAUACCUUAAAAGAUAUACAACACCAAUAGACAUUGUCUUGGACAGUGGUAUGAGGAUUUUUGAUCUUCUAUUAAUUUAACUUAAUGUCCUUAAGGUACAUUAGGAUUACGGCAUGAUGCUUUGGUGUCAGACGCAGGCCGCCAAAUCGUCGGUCGAACGCCGUGCGACGAAGCUUUUUGCGCGGGUCCUUAGAAAGACUUGACUGAAACCGGGCUACGUUGGGAACAACCUAGAGAUAGUUUUGUGGUUGAGAUACGAACCUGAAGGUCAUUAAGAACUUUGAAGAACUAAAACAGCUGGUCACUUUCCCUAAAUAGUCGAUGUGAUAGGUUGUCUUUUCAGGUAUUGUGCUUUCUGAAGUGGAUUUUAAUCCCUCUGUGUAGCCUGCGUGGCUCUCCCUUUUUUCUCUUCACGCUUUUCUCCCCCUCCCCUCCCCUCCCUCCCUUUUUUUUGGCGCCUGCCAGGUAGGCUACACUCUGUAAUUUCUUGAAGUUGUUGUAGGAAACUGCGCACGCUGGUCACGUGUGACUUCAUUAAACGAAGAAGUGUAGGGGGUGGGGGGAGGGACACGAAAGGGAAAAUUCCGCCCUUUUGUUCAUUUUUUCCCAACCACUUUUGACGCCUGUCACACCGGCUAAUUGUCUUCUAAGGAAAAGCGGGAACCGCGCAACAAUUUUUAUUAAAGUGUGCGGGGUGGGGUGGGGGCCACAGUCUAGUCCCCUCCCUCUAAACAAUGUUACCCUUGUUUGUUAGAAAAAAUGUUGUCCCUUUUAGCUUAUUGCAUAAUAGUAACUUAUUGGUAUAAAAUUUAUUUAUUGUAAGGUUGUUUUACUGUUUUUUUUUUUUCAACAGAACUGGCCUGGCCUAUGCAGACAAAGCUAUUUCCUUUAAGUUAGAAUGGACCUCCUUUGAGGAUUGUUUAUACUUGUUAAUACAUGUAUGUGUAAAUUGGUUAAUAAAUCCGUGUUUGUGUUUAACAGUUUUAUUUUACUUAAGUCUCAUCAUUUAAAUGAUGAGAAGAUGGAACAAACUGGCAUGCUCUUUUGUUACCAUUUAACCGCGAAAAUCAGUCGAGGAAGC